AAACAAUAAGAUUCCAAUAUUUUUUGUUCACCCACCUCCCCAGUGAACGGCUUUGGCUUUUCUCUUCUCUCCCUCUCCACUUCUUAUUAAACUCUCUCUUUCCCUCUCAUUAACCAAAUUUCUUCUUCUUCCCAUCUCCUAUAUUUACCUAUAUAUUGCAUUCCAUGUCAAUUGAUCUCUGCACUUCAAACAUGGCAAUGCAUCUUCCUCCCUACCCAACAACUCAACUACAACAAGACCCUUUUGUUUUUGACGCCUCCAUUCUUCAACACCAAUCCAACAUACCCUCUCAGUUCAUUUGGCCUGACGAUGAGAAACCUUGCCUUGAGUCCCCGGAGCUUGUAAUUCCUCCUAUUGACUUGAGAGGCUUCCUCUCUGGAGACCUUUCAGCUGUCUCAAAAGCUUCUCAGCUCAUUAAUGAGGCAUGCAAGAAACAUGGAUUCUUUCUGGUUGUUAAUCAUGGAGUUGAUUCAGAGCUUAUAGCUAGAGCUCAUGAGUACAUGGAUAUGUUCUUUGGCAUGCCAUUAGCAGAGAAGCAAAGAGCUCAGAGAAAGAUAGGAGACCACUGUGGAUAUGCAAGUAGCUUCACUGGAAGGUUCUCCUCUAAACUUCCAUGGAAAGAAACACUUUCUUUUCGAUAUUCUGAUGAUAAUAAGUUCUCCAACAUUGUCCAAGAAUAUUUCUUGAAGGUGAUGGGAGAAGAAUUCAGACAAUUUGGGAAGGUGUACCAAGAAUACUGUCAAGCCAUGAACACUCUAUCCCUUGGGAUCAUGGAGCUUUUGGGAUUCAGUCUAGGAGUUGGCCGAGAAUUCUUCAGACAAUUUUUUGAAGGAAAUGAUUCCAUAAUGAGAUUAAAUCACUAUCCUCCCUGCCAAAAACCUGAUUUAACUCUCGGUACUGGGCCUCACUGUGACCCCACCUCCUUAACAAUCCUUCAUCAGGAUGAAGUUGGUGGCCUCCAAGUGUUCGUCGAUGAAAAAUGGUAUUUCGUUCGUCCGGAUCCAAAAGCUUUUGUUGUCAAUAUCGGCGACACAUUCAUGGCUCUAUCAAAUGGCAUUUUCAAGAGUUGCUUGCACAGAGCAGUGGUAAAUAAUAGAACAGUAAGGAAAUCACUUGCUUUCUUUUUAUGUCCAAACAUGGACAAAGUGGUGAAGCCACCAAACACCUUGGUCAACUCCAACAAUCCAAGGAUGUACCCAGAUUUCACAUGGUCAAACCUGCUAGAAUUCACUCAGAAACAUUACAGGGCCGACAUGAAAACCCUAGAUGUCUUCACUAGCUGGCUGCAACAGAACAGCUGAAGCUGAGAGGGGCAUUGGUGAAUGAAAGUGAAAGUCAGGUUCAAAGGGGUAGAGAAUGGUAUCAGCUAGCUAGUGAGUGAACUGAUGCUGGGUCUCAAGGAAAAAGGCAACAGAAACACCAAAAAAUAGGCCAGCUGGUCUGUGAUUAGGUGUUAGUGUUGGAGAGAAUCAUAUAAAUAAAAGAGGCAAAUUGUAGGAAUAAAGAGUUAAAUGGGCUCCAUAGCUUCUUUUUCAUUUUAUUCCAUUUUAAAAUUUAGAAAAUAAGGAUUCUAUGUACUUUUGUCUUUGGCCUCUCUUAGAUUCUGAUUGCCUCGACCAUCAUUCUGUUUUCUGCAUGUAAGAAUGUCUUUGUUUAUUAGAUUAAAUUCUGCCCAAAGAUCUCUC